AAUUCAAAAUCUCCCCAAUUUGAUCUCCAUAUGUUUGGCGAAGCACUCAGAAAACUGGACUUCAGUGGCCUCAGCACUAAUGUCACCCCCGUCAACCACGGCCUGUAUGGACUCCCACCCGACAGCGUCGUAGCCGAGUUCCAGGCAGCAAUGGCUGAUGACUUGAGUUUCCCCGACAGAUACAUGUUCGUUCGCCAGCCACAAGACUACGUUUCUGCUCUUAAAACCGUCGGCGACAUCAUCCACUGCGACUACCAUGACGUGGCCAUCGUCAACAACUCCACCUCGGGUGUCAAUACCGUGUUGAAGAGUUUCCCGUGGAAGCGCGGCGACAAAUUGUUGUUGACGUCGGUGGUGUAUCCGGCCUGCGAAAAUAUUGCCCAGUUUACUGCCAAAAUGAACGGCGUGGAGGUGGAGAAAAUGGUGGCCGACAUCGAGAAGGGCCAAGACCACUUGUUGGCGGAGUUUGAAAAGAAGAUCAAAAGUGGUGGGUACCGUAUGGCCAUGUUCGAUGUGGUGAGCUCAAUGCCGGCAUUUCUCUUCCCGUACGAGCAAAUGGUUCAGGUGUGCCGGGAAAACGGUGUGUUGUCGAUGGUGGAUGGAGCUCACGGCGUGGGGCUUGUACCACUCGACUUGGGUCGCUUGCAGCCCGAUUUUUUUGUCAGUAACUUGCACAAGUGGUUCUUCACUCCUCGGGGUACUGCUUUGUUGUAUGUCAACAAAAAACACCACGCCACCAUCCAGCCACUCGUGCAAUCACAUGUGUGGGUGGAGGACGUGGGUGAAGAGACGUUGAUAAAGAAGUUCACUUUUGCAGCCAGUGACAACUACGCCAAAUUGCGGUGCAUUGAGCCUGCGAAACAGUUCAGAGACCGGCUUGGAGGAGACGAUGCCAUUUGGAACUAUGCCGCCGGCUUGCGGGACCAGGUGAUGGGUUGGUUACUGAAGCGGUGGGGCAUGGAAGAGCUUGGUGACCAGCGUUUGAUGAUGGCGAAUAUCUGGUUACCUGAAAAGUUUGUUCUUCCAUUUGAGGAGAUAGAGGCUCUCAAGCGGAAUUCGAGCGAAGACGGCCAUUUUUUGCAGAUCGGGUUUUACCAGGGUCGGCCGGUAUUGCGGCUCUCGUUCCAGGUGUACAACGAGGUGGGAGACUACGAGAAGGCAAUCGAGUACUUGGAGAAGGCAAUUGAGAAGAGGCUCGAGGAGAGGAGCUUAGAGAAGGGCGUGGCGACGUUGACCACAAAGUAGGGUCACUAUGACCAAAGACUAGGUUUGUUUAGAUUCGUGGACUAUAUCGAUAGAUUUAGAUGCGAGACUGGUUGAAUAUAUGAAAAUCACAUUCGGGUCACGUGCGGGGUUCUGGUGUUGGUGGGACGACUAUUUGUUGCUUGGCUUGCUUGGUAGUCAGGUUAUUGCUUAAGGAGGUCUACCAAGGACCCUAACCGUGAAACCAGGUCUGGAACUGCGCUCGCAAACCUUAGCAUCAAACCGCUUUCGUCUGCCAGACGGUGACAUUCUAACCUUUAAAUUCAAAACACCUUGCCGGUAUAGGAUGGUUAGCCUGGGUAAGGUUACUUGUUUUGCAUAUACAUGCAUGGGCGAAGAAACGUUUCAAUUUUACUGCAGUAUGAAGUAGUAAUUUAACCUCAUAGGG